AUGGCCCUUCGUCUAAUUGGUCUGUGUGUGGUCUUCUGCAUCAGCAGCAGCUUGGCUACACCACUACCCUUUUACAGUUCUAUAGAAGGAAGUACAGAUGAGGAAGAACUCAGUAACUUUACUUCCUCUCUGCCCACCAGCAACCUUUCCUCUGAGUACCAAACCACACCUGUUGGCCCCACCCAUGUGGAAACAGACUUUCUGAAUCAAGUUGUGGACUUUCUGGAGGAGAACAUGCUCCUUAUCCUUGUUGCAGGCUCUUUCAUCCUUCUGCUCUUCCUUAUUAUCUGUGGGUCAAUUAUCAUGAGCCGCAGGCGCAAAGUCAAUGCCUACUACCCUUCCUCUUACCCCUCAAAAAUGUAUGUAGACCACAGGGACAAAACAGGAGGUGCUAAACUCUUUAAUGAAGUGCCAGAAAAACACGCCCCCGAGCAGAAAUGUGAGCCAGUGGACUCUCACAAGCAGCUCCAGGCAGACAUUAUGAGGGCUACCAAGAGGCUGCGCACACCAAAUAAAUGUGUUGCUUUAGAGGGAGGUGACCCCAGUGAGAAAGUAGCAGACCACAGUCCUGAGGACAGCUCUCAACCAGAUGGCAACAUCCUGGACCAGCAGCUACCAAGUCUCCCUGAGGAAAACGAGCUGUGUGAGCUUUCUGAAAGUGAAGAAGCAGCAGGAAGCUUUGAGCUGAAUCCUCCAGAGCAGCUUCAUCCGGAGGAAGCGAAUUCACAGGAGCCUGAAACUGGCACGAGCGUCCGGCCCUCCUCUCUGCACAUUCACAAUGACUCUGCUACACUUCAGCUGAUUGCGGGAGAGAAAACUGCCUUCUAA